AUGGCAACUAUAACUCAUCAUGAUGAAAGUCUUGUAGAAAGAAAUGAAAUCUUUUAUUCGAAUACAAAUAUGAUUGAUAUUGAACCAUUUUAUAAGAAUUUUACAAUGAUUCAAAAUGUUUUACAAAAUCAUGAUCAAGAAAAACAAUUAAAUAACCCUCCUAUUCAUUCAACCGAUUAUACAUAUCGAGCUAAUCGUAUUCAAAUAGAACAUUCUUCAUCUGAUCAUAAUCAUUCGAAUGAACUAAUUAAUAGAAAUCAUCAAGAUUUAUCAAAAAUCAUGAAUAGAUCUAUAUAUAAUUUAACAAAAAUUGUUGAAGAUAUUGGUUAUAAUCCUAAAUUACCGUGUAUACGUUCUUCUCUAAAUACUAAUAAUAAUACAUUUUCAAAUACAAUAUUAAAGUUCGGUGAAUCGCAGGAAUCAUCUGUUAAUACAUGGCGUUCACAAAUAGAGAAACAACAUUUUUCAAGAUGGCACGCUGAAAAAUAUCAAUGUUCUGCAUCGAUGAUUCCAUAUAAACCAAUAAUUGAUAUGAAUGAAAAAGCGAUAGAAAAAUCAGAUGAUAAUCAAUCAAAUAUAAUACAUCAUCCAUCUGUUUCAAUAAAUUUAAUACCUAAACAAAUCGAUGAAAAAUUUUUAAAAAAUCAAAUUGAACAAAUCUAUGGUAUCGAUGAUAUUGAUACAUCAAGUUCAAUAUUAAGUCGAAGUUCAUCAAUUAAUGAAAUAAAUUCUUCUUCUGAUCAAAUUCUAUCAUCAUCACCAUUAACAUUAAAAACAAUUGGUAAUUCAAAAUGUAAACAACAAAUUACUAUUCGUGAAUAUUAUCCACCAAAAGAAAUACCUUCAUCUAUGGCUUAUCGAUCAUUAUCAUCAUUAUCAUCUCAACAAACAAAUAUUGAUAAUGAAUAUGAACAAUUUAUUCAUAAUCAUUCAGAAUUAAAUAAUGAUCCAAAUCCAGAAAUUAUUAAAAAAUCAAAUCCAGAUCAUGUAACUUAUAAACAAAAUAUUUCUGUUCGUUAUCUUAUUCCACCAACACCUCCUCCAUCUGGACCAGUGAUUAUCCGAGAAAUCAUUCCUCCACGUCCACCAUCACCUUCACCAUUAAUCAUCAACCAUCAAGAUGUAGAACCUAUUACACCAUCUCCGUGUAUUUUUCGUGAAGCUCCACCAUCACCACCACCUCAUGAAGAAACUAAAAUUAUAACUAAAGUUCUACCUCAAGAACCUCCAUUAUUACCACGUAUGAUUUUUGAACAUAAUGCUUCGCUACCGCCAAAACCUCAAUCAAUUAUUAUUGAAAAAUGGCUACCAUAUGAACCACCUCCGCCACGAGAAAUUAUUUAUGAACGUAUAAUUCAAGCUCCUGUAGUUUCAGAAUUUCAACCAGGUGGUUUAACUAUUGAUCGACAAUGUUAUCAUUCCGUUGAUCUUCAUUCAUCAUCAUCAUCUCGUUUACUUAAUACAUUUCACAAUGAACAACAAACUUCUUCUAAUAAUAUAGAAAAUCAAAAAUUUUCAAUAUUUGAUCAGUUUGCAUGGUUAACACAACAACAAUUAGAAGCAAUCGAACAUCAAACUUUAGAACAAAUACAAACUCAUCAACAAUGGAUAUCUGAUCAGCAACAACAAAAACAUAUGAAUAUGUUUAUACAUACUCCAUUACAAUUAACAACACCAAUGCUUAUUGUUAAUCAUCCACCAGUUACAAGAAUAAUAAAUGCAUAUACACAAAGAGACGAUGUUCAACAACAACAACAACAACAGUUUUUUUAUAGACCAAUAUUUAUGUAUCCUUCUUAUAGAUAA